ACCUGUGAAGAAAGGCAUUUGCAAAACGAAUGCAAGCUUGGCGCCAGCUGAUUGUCAACUUGUGGUGUUUAUUAGCAGCUUGUAGUGCGUAUCCGAAUCAUUUACGGGUGAAUUUUAUGGAAGAAAAGACCGCCUGGGAAAAUGGACCGCCCAGACGACAACUGCCGCUACAUCUAUAGUUCGUCAUUGGAGCAGAAAGUACAGAUCAAAGUCGGAACACUCGAGGGUGAUAAACAAAAGCCUCAAUACGACAAACUCCUGGCGGAUCCAUUAUUACGCUUUUCGGGCCUCUACUCGGAAGAAUGCGCUCCGUUGAUGGUGCGCUUGGAAGUCUACAAUCGUGGGAAGCCUUUUUGUCUGCCAGUUCACACCUCCUACAAACCUUUCACGAAACGCUGGAGCUGGAAUGAAUGGGUUACGCUCCCGCUGCAAUUUUCGGACUUACCGCGAACUGCACUUCUGGUUUUAACAGUCUUGGACUGCGCGGGACCUGGGAAGACAACAGUAGUUGGCGGAACGACAAUAUCUUUGUUUUGCAAGAAUGGAAUAUUUCGUCAGGGAAUGUUCGAUCUGAGGGUUUGGCUGGACGUCGAAGGCGAUGGGACCCAACCAACAACGACACCAGGGAAAGGAAAGAGCUCCAACCAGUCUCAGAUGCAACGAUUAGGAAAGUUGGCCAAGGAACAUCGCAAUGGACAAAUUCCCAAAGUGGAUUGGCUUGACCGUCUCACGUUCCGUGAAAUUGAAAUGAUCAACGAAACGGAAAAGAGAAAGUCCGAGUUUUUGUAUUUGAUGAUCGAGUUUCCAACGAUUUGCGUGGAAGAUAAAACGUACUCGAUUGUCUACUACGAGCCGGAUGGAGACAAAAAGUAUAGUUUUGUGUGCAAGCCGAGACUUGUGAUUGUGCCGGACUCGGAAAUUUUGCAGGACAAUUUGGUCGAAAGAAAACAUCACAGACUUGCACGUUCCGCUCGAUCUGGUUUAUCGGAUAGAGAUGCGAAGCCCACAGCAAGCGAAAGAAAUACUCUUCAUAACAUUGUCUACCGAUAUCCGCCCACAUGUAAUCUUACCAGUGAAGAACAGGAUCUCGUUUGGAAGUUUCGCUUCUAUUUGAGUACCCAAAAGAAAGCGUUAACAAAGUUCCUAAAAUGCAUCAAUUGGGAAACAGGUACGGAAGUGCGUCAGGCACUGAAAUUACUCGCACAAUGGAGUCCAAUGGAUGUGGAAGAUGCUUUGGAACUACUGAGUCCAACAUUCACACAUCCUGAAGUUCGACGCUACUCGAUUUCUCGUCUAAAACAAGCGCCCGAUGAAGAUCUUAUUUUGUAUCUACUACAAUUGGUUCAAGCUUUGAAGUAUGAGAAUUUUGAUGAUAUUAUGGAGUCUUAUAAGAGGAUACUGCCUGAUAAAGAAAUUAUCAAAUCACUUGAUGAUGCUGGGCUAGAUCAAAGUAGUGCAUCUGAUUCGGUGACAACCGCUAUGGAUGGCAGUCUGGUUUCAUCAGUGAAACAUAUGCCGAUGGAAGCUUCAUCACCCAUUGCCGUGCCAAUCAUGACAAGCCUUGAGGCUAAUGCGUCUGAAAUUUCAGAGGCAUCUAAUACAUUAAUGAGUGACAACGCGACUACCCCCUGUGACCUUGCAACGUUUUUGAUUCAGCGAGCCUGCAAAAAUGCGACUCUAGCUAAUUAUUUGUACUGGUACUUGUCCAUUGAAGUAGAAGACCAAGAAUCAGUACGGAAACAAGAUGAGCGUAUCCGGAAUAUGUACGUGAUGGUUUUGAAAACAUUUCUACGGACUUUAGAAAACGGGACCAAUGAAUUGCGUAUAGUUCGACAAAAUCUGGAGAAACAACAGCGUUUCAUCGAUGAACUUGUCAAGCUAGUGAAAAUUGUUGCAAAAGAAACUGGAAAUCGACAGAAAAAGACUGAAAAAUUCAAACAACUUCUAGCUGAUGAUGAUCAUUUUCGUAUAAGUUUUGCAAGUUUUGAAGCACGACCAUUCCCGUUGGAUCCGGAGGUUUUCAUCACUGGAACUAUACCGCAGAAAACGUCACUUUUUAAAAGUGCUUUAAUGCCAUCUAAACUAACAUUUCUAACUACUGAAUUUGGAAAAGAGUACGUUGCAAUCUUCAAACACGGCGAUGAUUUACGUCAGGAUCAACUGAUCUUACAGAUGAUAACGUUGAUGGACAAGUUGUUGCGCCGUGAAAAUUUGGAUUUAAAACUGACGCCAUACAAAGUUCUUGCAACCAGUUCGAAACAUGGCUUUUUGCAGUAUAUCGACUCCUAUACGGUCGCAGAUGUAUUAACUCGUGAAGGGAGUAUACUGAAUUUCUUCCGAAAAUAUAACCCAAGUGAAACGGGCCCGUAUGGAAUCCUCCCUGAGAUUAUGGACACCUACAUUAAAAGUUGUGCGGGAUACUGUGUGAUUACAUACUUGCUAGGUGUUGGUGAUCGUCACUUGGACAAUCUACUUCUGACCACAUCGGGCAAACUUUUCCACAUAGAUUUCGGAUACAUUUUGGGACGUGAUCCCAAACCAAUGCCGCCACCAAUGAAACUCAGCAAAGAAAUGGUUGAAGCGAUGGGCGGGAUUAGUUCCGAACAUCAUCAUGAGUUUCGUAAACAAUGUUAUACCGCAUAUCUGCAUUUGCGUCGUCAUGCUAACGUUAUAUUAAAUUUAUUCGCCUUAAUGGUGGAUGCUUCCGUGCCGGAUAUUGCUCUUGAGCCGGAUAAGGCUGUGAAGAAGGUUGAAGAAAAUCUUCAGUUAGGAUUGACCGAUGAGGAGGCAGUACAACAUCUGCAAACUUUGUUGGAUGUGUCGAUUUCAGCUGUUAUGCCUGCACUGGUUGAACAAAUUCAUAAAUUGGCUCAAUACUGGAGGAAGUGA